AAGGUGAGCACACGGGGUCAACAAUAUAUUAAGAACACAAAAGAAAAUUACGAGAAGGGGGGCAAAACCAAACCCUUCAAAGAUAAGAAAAGCGAAACAUAGAAAGGCGCGAUCUAUUAUGAUGAUAUGAUAGGCUUGCAAAGCUUCUCUAGGAAUAUAGAGUCAUACCAAGUAAGGCUAGUAGAAUUUAACCCUAAAGAAGCUCAUGUGAUAACAUGAAGUAGUGUUCUUCAAGCUUCUCACAAAAGUUUGUUACAAAAGCUAUGUUUUUAAGUCACGUACCUACUAUAUAUAGGUUUCAAGAUCUUAAGUUUUGCAUCCCAAUUUUUCACAAUGAGUACUCUAUUUACACAAUUUGUAACCAUUGUUACAUUGCUUCUUGUGUUGCUAAUCAAAAUUGAUGGGGAUUCCAUUUCAUCAAUUUCAAAUGAUGAAGUGAACAAAAAUUCCACCACCAACACUGUUUCUGAGGUGGUUGGUGUGGAUCAAAUAGACCCACUUGAUUGCACUCGUACACCAGGCAUAUGUAACACUGGAGAAUUUCUACCAAGAAGUGUAUGUUGUAGAAACCGUUGUGUGGAUCUUACAAGUGAUGUAAACAAUUGUGGAUUUUGUGGGAUUAGUUGUGUCUUUAGUAAUUGGCGUUGUUGCAACCGUUUGUGCGUAGACACAUACUUUAACCCUUUAAAUUGUGGUGGAUGUGGUUAUAUAUGUCCCUUUGGAUGUUGGUUGGGUAGAUGUAUUGGUUUUACGGUUCCCGCACAGCCACCACCUCCACCUUUGUGGUUGCCGGAAUCACCAAAGAUUCCCAAACCAUCAACCUGAACAAUAACCAAUGAAGUAAUUUAUAUUUAUAAUCUUAUAUUAAAAGAUUAUUAUUAAUAUUGUUAUGUACUUUGU